AUGGCGCUCUCGAAUGAACAGCAGCUCGAACUCCAAACUCAACUCCAGCAGGCUGUGAUUGCAUGCAACGAGAGAUGCCUAUAUUUUGCAGCAAAGUGGGCUGCCGAGCUCCUAAACUCUUUUGCCUCUCAUGACGAGGAGGAUGUCGAUGACACAUCUGACACUGAUGUCGACGAUGACAAUGAUACGCCACACAUACCGCCAGCGAAUCACGACCGCAAAGAAGCGCGACUGGAAGCUAAGGAGUUGCCUCGUUUCUUGCUGGCCAAGUCAUAUUUCGACUGUCGAGAGUUCGAUCGAUGUUCUGCUACAUUCCUGCCUUCACAAGUACCACACGGCGCUCCUGCUCCUGACAUCACAUCACCAUCAAAGCCCGGCCUCUCGUCUCCAUUCGCAGCAGCCAAAAAGCAGCCACGUGGCCCAUCUAAGAUCAACAUCAGAGCUACCAAGCAUACGAACGGAAGUGUGCCGAAGCAUGUCAGCCAGAGGUCACUAUUCCUUGCACUCUAUGCCCGCUACAUGGCUGGCGAGAAGCGCAAGAACGAAGACUCUGAGACCGUACUUGGUCCGUCUGACGGGCCAAUGACGGCGAAUAAACAGGUGCCAGGCGUGGUAGCCAUUCUAGAAGAAUACUUCAACUCUCGUGGCGGCUUGCAGGACCUGAACAAUUCCACGGGAUGGCUAGAUUAUCUGUAUGGACUCAUACUCAUAAGAUUCAAGUCGGAAGCCUUGGCAAAGCAAUGGCUACUCCGAGCCGUCAAUUUGCAGCCGUACAACUGGUCGGCAUGGCUAGAGCUGGCCUCAUUAAUCGCGUCCCCCGAAGAGAUGCAGCAGAUCAGCGAGCACCUGCCACAAAACAUCAUGUCCAUCUUCUUCCACAUCCACUGCAAUCAGGAGCUAUAUCAGCAGACGCCAGAAGUCUUCAACACUCUAGCUCAGAUGCAGGCGAUCUUCCCACUGUCGGCAUUUCUCCAGCAGCAAAAAGCCAUGUUGCACUACCAUGCACACGAAUACGAAGUAGCAAUGCAGCUAUUCGACAAUCUGGCAAGAGACCAGCCUCAUCGUCUAGAUGGAAUGGAAGUCUAUAGCAACCUCCUCUUUGUCCUCGGCAAUCGACCCAGACUCGCCAACCUCGCAAGCACAGCAAGCGACACCGACAAGUUCCGCCCCGAAACAAACUGCAUCCUAGGAAACUACUACGGCCUAAUCUCUGAGCACGAGAAAGCAGUUCUACUCUUCCGUCGCGCAUUGAAUCUGGACCGUAACUUCCAAGCAGCCUGGACACUAAUGGGCCACGAAUAUAUCGAGCUCAAGAACACCCAAGCGGCGAUCGAAUCCUACCGGCGAGCAGUCGACACGAAUCGCAAAGACUAUCGUGCCUGGUAUGGGUUGGGACAGGGGUAUGAGAUGCUGGAGUGCUACAGCUAUAGUCUAUUUUACUAUCAACGUGCCGCGGCGCUUUACCCUGGGGACCCGAAAAUGUGGGCGGCGGUUGGGAACGCUUAUUCGAAAUGCAACAAGGCUGCCAACGCCAUUCAAGCGUACAAACGUGCUCUGGUGGUCGGUGCACAACCCGAUGCCUCGUCAAGUUUCGGUAGUAGUGCUGCUACUCCUGCUGAUCCGCUGGCUCAGGCCGUAGGCGGUAUGCUGGAUCCACAAAUCUUGUACGACAUCGCUUGUCUGUACGAGCGGGAGGGAGCUGAUAGUGAGGCUGCGGCGUAUAUGGAGCUUGCUCUCGCGCAGGAAGAGGGGGCGGAGGAGGGUGAGGAGGGGUUGGGUGUUACUCAAGUGACUUGUAAGGCGAGAUUGUGGUUGGCGAGGUGGUCGUUUGGGCAGGGAGAGUGGCAAAGGACUAUGGAGCUUGCUAAUGAGCUUUGUGAGGACGGGUGGGAGGUUGAAGAGGCGAAGGGUUUGGCGAGGGAUGUUAGGGGUCGGUUGAAUUUAGCUGAUGAAGAGGUCGGGUCGGAUUGA